AUGUGGCUUCCUGUUGUGAAGAAACCAGGAUCAGCAGUGAAGAACUUCAGCCCAUUCCGGUUCUCCACGGAGCCAUCGGAUACGCUGGCAGUGCGAGGAGCGCCGACGCUGCUCAACUGCUCAGUCCACAGCGAGUCUCCUGCCAAGAUCGAAUGGAAGAAAGACGGCUCUUUCCUCAGCCUGGCCUCAGAUGAUCGCAGGCAGGUCUUGGCCGAGGGUUCUCUGCUCAUCAGCUCAGUGGUCCACUCGAAACACAAUAAACCCGAUGAGGGGGUUUACCAGUGCGUGGCCACUAUAGACAACCUGGGCACAAUCAUAAGCCGUACAGCUAGACUCAGUGUUGCAGGGAUACCGCGGUACCUUAGUCAGCCGGAAGCCGCGUCGGUGCGGGUGGGUGACAGUCACAUGCUGAACUGUGAGGUGAAUCCAGACCUGGUGUCUUUCAUCCGCUGGGAACAAAACAAAGAGCCGGUUGAGCUGAACCAGAGAGUCUUCACGCUGCCCAGUGGUGCUCUCGUAAUCAGUAACGCCACAGAGGCAGACGCAGGCCUGUACCGCUGCGUGAUCGACAACGCUGGGCCCACCAAGACCAGUGAAGAAGCAGAAAUAAAGAUACUGCCUGAAUCAGGGGAGGAAAGGACCCUGGAGUUUCUCCUGGAGCCUCAGCAUGUGUCUAAAGCCGUUGGAGAGAGUGUGCUGCUCCCUUGUGUGGUGACGGGACAUCCCACAGCCGACGUCACAUGGAUGCACAAAGACCAGCUCAUUGAGUACAGAAAGGGCCGCUUUGAAGUGCUUGGUGGAGGCAGUCUGUGGACCUUCAAUCUCACUGAGGAAGACGCCGGUGUGUAUAGCUGCAUGGCAGACAACACCAAUGGAUCCAUUGAGGCCCAGACUGAGCUCACGCUGAAAGCUUCCCCGCAGUUCCUGAAGAAGCCAGCUAGCAUAUAUGCUCAUGAAGCCACAGACAUCACCUUCGAGUGUGAGGUCACCGGCUCACCCGCUCCCACCAUCAAAUGGGUGAAGAACGGAGAUGCUGUUAUUCCCAGCGACUAUUUCAAGAUCAUUAAGGAGCAGAACUUGCAGGUGCUGGGGCUGGUCAAGUCAGAUGAAGGUUUCUAUCAGUGUUUAGCUGAGAAUGACGCUGGCAAUGUCCAGGCAGGUUCCCAACCCAACAAAUUGGAUCAAAAGGUACCCAUCCCCUCCCCCCCUCCCACCUCACUGACCCGUGCACUACCUGACCGUCUAAUGCCAGGCUCCAGAGGCGGCGCUGGUCCCACGCCCUCCGCCCCCCGUGACGUUGUGGCCUCCCUGGUCUCCACCCGCUUCAUCAAGCUGACCUGGCGCCUUCCUGUUGAACCGCAUGGAGAUGAUGUCACCUACUCCGUCUACUACAGCCUGGAGUGCAAUAACAGGGAGAGGAUAGUGAACACCAGCCGUCCAGGAGAGAUGCAAGUCACCAUUCAGAACCUCAUGCCAGACACCAAGUACUCCUUCCGCGUGGUGGCCCACAACAGAAACGGCCCUGGAGAGAGCUCAGCGCCUCUGAGGGUCGCCACCCAGCCCGAAGUUCAGGUACCUGGUCCUGCUCCAAACCUACAGGCAGUGGUCACGUCCCCCAGCACAGUGAGUCUCAGCUGGGACAUGCCCCUCAUAGGCAAUGGCGAGAUCCAGAACUACAAAAUUUACUACAUGGAGAAGGGCAUGGACAGUGAGCAGGAUCUGGAGGUGAACACAUUCUCCUACAGCAUGACUGGACUGAAGAAGUUCACAGAAUACAGUUUCAGAGUGGUGGCCUAUAACAAACAUGGACCCGGAGUGUCCACUGAGGACAUAUCUGUGCGCACGUACUCUGAUGUCCCCAGUGCUCCACCACAGAACAUGACGGUUGAAGUGCUGAACUCUAAGAGCAUCAUGGUCAGAUGGCAGCCUCCGCCAGCAGAUGCUCAGAAUGGUGAGAUCACCGGCUAUAAGAUCCGUUACAGGAAGGGUACGAGGAAGAGCGAGGCGGCCGAGAUUACUUCAGGAUCGCAGCUCUAUCAGCUCAUAGAAGGUCUGCAGCGAGGCACUGAAUAUAUGCUGCGAGUGUCUGCCAUUACGGUCAAUGGCACGGGUCCGGCUACAGACUGGACCACUGCUGAGACGUUUGAGAGCGAUCUGGACGAGACAACUGUGCCAGACGUCCCGAGCUCCUUGCAUGUGCGGCCACUUGUGAACAGCAUUGUAGUGAGCUGGACGCCCCCGGAGAACCAGGACAUUGUGGUGAGGGGUUACACCAUCGGCUAUGGGAUCGGCAGGCCCCAUGCCCAGACCAUUAAAGUGGACUACAAACAGAGAUACUACACCAUUGAGAACUUGAAUCCCAGCUCGCACAACGUUAUCACACUGAAGGCCUUCAACAACGUGGGGGAGGGAAUCCCUGUGUACGAGAGCGCUGUCACACGACCCCAAUCAGACCCCAUAGACCCUGAUGUUGAUUUGUACGAACUUUUCCAUGCUCCAUACACUCCAGUACCAGACCCUGUACCCAUGCUGCCUCCUGUGGGCGUUCAGGCGUCCGUUCUGAGCCACGACACCAUGAAAGUCACCUGGGCCAACUCGCUGCCCAAGAACCAGAAGAUCACAGAUGCACGUUACUACACAGUGCGCUGGAAGACCAACAUACCCGCAAACACAAAGUUCAAGGUGGCUAAUACCACCACACUGACUCACACAGUGACGGGUCUUAAACCCAACACCUUGUACGAGUUCUCGGUCAUGGUGACCAAGGGCCGGAGGACAAGCACCUGGAGCAUGACUGCACAUGGAACAACUUUUGAAACAAUCCCAAGUUCUGCGCCUAAAGAUGUGACUGUAGUGAGCAAAGAGGGACGACCCACACCAUCAAUCGUCAACUGGCAGCCACCCUCAGAAGCCAAUGGCAAGAUCACAGGUUACAUCAUUUACUACAGCACUGAUGUGAAUGCAGAGGUUCAUGACUGGGUCAUUGAACCAGUAGUGGGGAACAGGUUGACCCAUCAGAUUCAAGAGCUGACCCUUGAUACCACCUACUACUUCAAGAUCCAGGCACGUAACUCUAAAGGGAUGGGUCCCAUGUCUGAUGCUGUCCAGUUCCGCACUCCUAAAGCCGAAUCCUCUGACAAAAUGUCUAAUGACCAAGCUCCAGGUAUAUUGGUGAAACAAGGAAGACCCUCUGCACCAGAUCAAGGUUUUGGAUCAGUUGGGAAAGCAGAUAUGUCUGGCACUGGUGAUAACCACAUCCUGGUUAUUGUCAUAAUUGUGUCUGUGGGUGCAUUUACCAUCAUCCUGGUGGUGGUUGGCGCUUUCCUGUGUACACGUCGUACCACAACACAGCAGAAAAAGAAACGUGCAGCCUGCAAGUCCACCAAUGGAUCCCACAAGUAUAAGGGUAAUUCCAAAGAUCUGAAGCCACCAGACCUCUGGAUCCACCACGAACGUUUAGAGCUAAAACCUAUCGACAAAUCGCCUGACCCCAAUCCAGUCAUGACUGACACACCGAUCCCCAGAACCUCCCAGGACAUCACCCCAGUGGACGGCCCCAUGGAUCCUAUGCUCCAGAGACAUAACUCUUACCGUGGCCAUGAAUCAGAGGACAGCAUAUCUACACUGGCAGGCCGUCGGGGAAUGAGACCUAAAAUGAUGAUGCCCUUUGAUGCACAGCCCCCUCAGCCUGUGAUUAGUGCUCACCCCAUCCAUUCCCUCGAUAACCAUCACCAUCAUUAUCACUUGGGCAACCUGGCCUCACCAACACGCAGCUAUCUCCACCACCAGAGCAGCGCGCGGUCCACCGCAACCCCCAUCUCUCAUCUAGACAGGGCAGAGUCCACAGAGUCAGUAAGGAACACCCCUAGUGCUGAUAUGCACCCUCCGUCUGGGCAGCCCUCCUGCACCACUGAUCUUUCAGAGACAGACAUUAGCUACCACAGCUCAGCCGCUGAGGAGGAGCCAGCAUUCAGUACACCCACAGCACAUGUUCGUUCCACGCACCCACUCAAGAGUUUUGCAGUGCCUGCCAUCCCAGCUCACUCUAUGUAUGACUCAGCAGCAUUACCCAGCACUCCACUGCUGUCUCAGACAGGGCCUCACUCAGUUAAAACAGCCUCUAUUGGUACGUUGGGAAGGACGAGAACUCCUAUGCCUGUCAUAGUUCCAAAUGCACCGGAUGUCUCGGAAAGUAGCAGACUGCAUGAAGAUGCAGGGAGCAAUUACGAGACUGACGAGUUGACGGAGGAAAUGGCCCAUCUGGAGGGCUUAAUGAAGGACCUAAACGCCAUCACGACAGCCUGAUCACAAUCCUCA